UAUUAGGUGCGAUAAGUUAAUCAUGUACAACAUACACAAUUAUAUUGUACAGUAUUGGUUAAUUGUACAUAGUCUUUUCCAUGAUCUGUUCUAUAUAUAAAACAUACAUAAUACAUUACGCACACAGCGAUUUUACCAUCUAGAUCGGGUUGUCUGAUCGAUAUUAUUUUUGAAGGUUGCUUUAAAGGGUGACAUACUCGGUUUCGGUUGUUAAAUUUGUAAAAAAAUAUAUAAAAAAAACAAAAAAUUAAUUAAAAUGAGUUUUAAGAAAGUAACACACGUUAUUUUUGAUUUGGACGGACUUUUAAUUGAUUCUGAGGGAAUGUAUGAUGAAAUUAUUGGCGAAAUUGCCAAAAAAUAUGGCAAAGAGUAUACCUUCGAAGCAAGAAUGAAAGUUUUGGGGACUCCAGAACCGAUUACAGCAAAACUUGUAGUGGAAGAACUAAAGCUCCCUAUCAGUACAGAUGAAUUUUUAGAACAAUAUAAAAGAGGGGUUGCGGAAAAACUGAAAAACCCACCACUUUUACCUGGUGCUGAAAAACUCAUUAGGCAUUUUCAUGAGCACAAUGUACCUAUAUGUUUAGCUACAUCAUCGUCCACAGAGGCUUGUUCCAUAAAAUUACAAAAUUAUGAGAAUUUAUUUUCUCUGUUUCAUCAUAAAGUUAUGGGAUCGUCUGAUCCCGAAGUUAAAAGAGGCAAACCUGCUCCAGAUAUUUAUUUGGUAGCUGCUUCUAGAUUUCCCGAUAAUCCUAAACCAGAAGAGUGUUUGGUUUUUGAAGACGCUCCUAAUGGAGUUAUAGGUGCUAAAACAGCAGGGAUGCAAGUAGUAAUGGUACCUGCUGCUGAUAUUCAAGAUGAACUCAAAAAGCCAGCCACUCUGGUAUUAAAGUCGCUGACGGAUUUCGAUCCAACAUUAUUCGGUUUGCCAGCUUUAAAUAAUAUACAGCAUUGAGUAAUUUUCCAAUGUUUGCACUUAUUACAUAAUAGAUAAAAAUAGCAAAAGGAUUACUAAAAAUCGCUUCAAUGCACAGGUGAAAUAAAAUGUUUCAUUUAAUUAAAAUUGAA